AUGGCUGCCUCAGAGUGCCCCGUGAAGAAGGCCAACGUCGGCGGCGGUGGAACCAGGAACCGCGACUGGUGGCCCAACGACCUCCGCCUCAACAUCCUCCGCCAGCACACGGGCGUCACGAACCCCCAGAACAAGGAGUUUGACUACCCCGCCGCCUUCAAGAGCUUGGACUUCGAUGCCAUCAAGAAGGACCUCACUGCCCUGAUGACCGACUCGCAGGACUGGUGGCCCGCUGACCACGGCCACUAUGGCGGUCUGUUCAUCCGCAUGGCCUGGCACAGUGCUGGCACCUACCGCGUCACCGACGGCCGUGGCGGUGGUGGUGAGGGCCAGCAGCGAUUUGCCCCCCUCAACAGCUGGCCCGACAACGUCUCGCUGGACAAGGCCCGCCGCCUGCUGUGGCCCGUCAAGCAAAAGUACGGCAACAAGAUCUCGUGGGCCGACCUCUUACUGCUCACUGGCAACGUCGCCCUCGAGUCCAUGGGCUGCCCGACCUUCGGCUUCGCUGGUGGCCGUGCUGACACAUACGAGGCCGACGAGUCCGUAUACUGGGGUGGCGAGACCACAUGGCUGGGCAACGACGUCCGAUAUGCCGACGGCCGCGAGGGUCCAGGUGGCGGCGGCAGCGGUACCGUCGACGGUGACGAGGGUCCCAAGAAGGACCACCCGGACAUCCACUCCCGCAACCUCGAGGAGCCCCUGGGCGCCGCCCACAUGGGUCUCAUCUACGUCAACCCAGAGGGUCCCGAUGGCAUUCCUGACCCCGUCGCCUCUGCCCGCGAUAUCCGCACCACCUUUGGCCGCAUGGCCAUGAACGACGAGGAGACGGCUGCCCUCAUCGUCGGUGGACACACUUUCGGUAAGACGCACGGCGCCGCUCCCUCCGACAACGUUGGCCCCGAACCCAAUGCUGCUCCUCUCCACCAGCAGGGCUUUGGCUGGAGCAACAAGCACGGCAGUGGCAAGGGCCCUGACACCAUCACUUCUGGCCUUGAGGUCAUCUGGACUUCAGAGCCCCACAAGUGGACCAACAAGUACCUAGAGUACCUGUACAAGUACGAGUGGGAGCUCACCAAGAGCCCGGCGGGCGCCAACCAGUGGGUUGCUAAGACUGACGACGAAAUCAUUCCCGAUGCAUUUGACAAGAACAAGAAGCACAAGCCGCGGAUGUUGACCUCUGACUUGGCCCUCCGCUUCGACCCCGUCUACGAGAAGAUCACUCGUAGGUGGCUCGAGCACCCCGAUGAGCUGCACGACACCUUCACCCGCGCGUGGUUCAAGCUCCUGCACCGUGACAUGGGUCCGCGAUCUCGCUGGCUCGGUCCUGAGAUUCCCAAGGAAGUGCUCCUCUGGGAAGACCCCUUGCCGCCCGUCGACCACCCGCUCAUCAACGACACCGACAUCACCGAGCUGAAGAAGGAGAUCUUGGCCACCAACGUUGACCCUACCAACUUUGUACGUGCCGCCUGGGCUGCCGCUUCCACUUUCCGUGGUGGUGACAAGCGGGGUGGUGCCAACGGCGCCCGCAUCCGCCUCGACCCGCAGAUUAAAUGGAGGGUCAACAACGCUUCUGAGCUCAAGUCUGUCCUGUCGGCCCUUGAGAACGUGCAACAGAAGUUCAACAGCUCCGCACCUGGCGGCAAGAAGGUCUCGUUGGCUGACUUGAUCGUCCUCGGUGGUGUUGCUGCGCUCGAGAAGGCUUCCGGCCUCCCCGUGCCUUUCACCCCUGGACGCACCGAUGCUUCUCAGGAGCAGACCGAUAUCCAGUCAUUCGACCACCUUGAACCCGUAGUCGACGGCUUCCGUAAUUACGGUGUCGGCAACAACCGUGUUCGCACUGAAGCUUUCAUCGUCGACAGGGCUCACCAGCUCACGCUCUCUGCUCCUCAGCUCACCACCCUCAUCGGCGGUCUCCGUACUCUCAACGCCAAUUGGGAUGGCUCAUCAUACGGUGUCUUCACCAAGCAGCCCGGCAAGCUUUCUAACGACUUCUUCGUCAAUCUACUUGACAUGAGCACUGAGUGGACGCCUACCGAUGGCGCUGAGGAGUUCUUCGAGGGCAAGGACCGCAAGUCUGGCCAGAAGAAGUGGACUGCCACUCGUACUGACCUGAUUUUCGGUCACCAUCCCGAGCUCAGGGCUGUUGCUGAGGUGUACGCCUCCGCUGAUGCAGAGGAGAAGUUCAAGAAGGAUUUCAUUGCUGCGUGGGACAAGGUCAUGAACCUGGACAGGUUCGAUGUGAAGAGCACAGCAGGUGUUGAGAAGGCGAGAUUGUAG